AUGAGCGCGCCGCCUGCUGGAAUAGGCGGACUUGAUUGGUCGUCCUCGACCAGUGGUGCCGCGCUCCCCAAAAAACGCACAAAAAUUGUUUUCCUAAAUCCGACGGAAUUGUCUAACUGGGAUGAUUGGAAAGCGAAAAAUGAACAGAACCUUAUUGGUGAAACAGAUUUAUUGCAGUAUGAGGAGAUGCUUAAUAAUAAGGCUGGGACUUCGUCAUCAGCCGAUGCCUGUGUCUCCGAUUCUUCUAAAAGAAAACGUAGGCAAAAAAAUUCUAAGAAUGGAGCCAAAAAGAAAGUAAUUGAUCCAAGUCAACCAUGGUUAGAGGACACAGACUCCGAUGAGGCAAAUGCUGGUCUUGAGGAUGAACUUGAUGACGAUGAGUUCUUUCGUCGCCUGGAAGAGGAGAAGCUACGGGAAGAUGAAGAAGAGGCUCGUCGCAAGAAGGAAAUAUCCGAGGCACGAGCACUUGCACGAGCAAGGGGAACUUUGGGUGCGAAAAAAGGUCGAGUCUCCUCAUUAACACAUGCAGCGCCACAUACAGGUCGUUCAGUUUCUGUUGAAGCGAGCGACAGUGAAAGCUUCAGUGAAUUCGGUGAAGGUACCGUUUCAUCAUUUGGUGGUUCCAGAGCCGAUGCGGAUGAGUUCGACAAUCAUCGAAGUUUAUACACGCAUGACGAGCAAGACGAAGAAGUGUUUCGCGCUGUGACAGUCGAUGAAAAAAACGACCGAUCGGUUCUGGAUGAUCUUCCACCCCCUCCUUCACCUUUUGACAGAACACUCGAUACCUCCGGCUUAGGAACAGGUCUCACAAAAUUAGCUUCCGACUCUACACUGACCAACCUUGUACCCACAGAUCCUCAUACACUUCGAAUGCUCGCAAUGGAUCCCAUACGAUUGCGAUACUGCUCACCCCCAUUACAUCCUCCCAAUUCUGCAAAUGACUUGGUUUGUCCCCCUGAGUACUUGAUGGAUGCGUUUGCGAUUCAUGAAGUGCUCAUUCGUUACGGAUACUUAUUGCGUUUAUCUCCUUUCAAAAUUGAAGACUUUUUGGCUGCUCUUAUUGCCAAUGAGAAUUCUGUAUUAUUGGCAGAGGUACAUAUGGUAUUGUUACGUGCACUUUUGCAUGAAGACGAAGCGACUGGAACGUGGAUGUAUUCGAUUGACUGCAAAGAAUCCGUCAACUUAAGUUAUCACAUACUGGAUCGCUAUAAUUGGCCCUAUUUGUUAUCCGUCUAUUUAAGUUGCCUGAAGGAAACGGAAGCCGCUGCCCGGGCCUCAGCGUCCAGUUUAUCAGCUUUGAGCACUGCAGCUGCAGGGCCCGGUGGUGUGUCCGCAGCAUUAGACUCAAUCUUGACUGCUGCUGUUUUCCCGGAGGAUCUGAUCCCUUUAGAUGCGAGCUACCCAUUUGUUCCCAUUCGCCAGCGAAUAGCCGUGCUGCGCGGCUUAGUCAACCUUUUUCUGUCUUCCCGACCCGUUCGCGGCGAUCAGUUGCGCGACGGUUUCCUUACCCAUGAAGAUCAUUGCCGUGUGUGUCAGCAGUGA